CUGAGCUGGGGCUCAUUUCGGCUGCCGGCAGUCCAGCAACAAUGUUUCGCGUCCUGCUUGUCUUAUGGAUAGUUUCUCUAACCCACACAGUUCUUGCACAAUGGGUCUGUCCCAGCCCACCUGAAAUACCAUUGGCGACUGUUGACAGAAGCAAGGAAGAAUACAGUCCGGGAGAGGAGAUUACAUACAGGUGUAAUUCUGGAUAUGUUCCUCAGACAGGCGCAAGGAGUUAUACAUGCCCUUCGACUGGUAGAUGGCCUAUUAUUACACUGAGAUGCACACCAAGGAAAUGUUAUUACCCGGGACCUUUGAAAAAUGGAAACAUACACGGUGUAGACUUCAGCUAUCAGAAUGCUAUAAGCUUUUCAUGUGAACCUGGGUAUAUUCUUCAUGGAACUAAUACCAGCCAUUGCCUGGCCAAUGGACAGUGGAGUAAAAAGCUACCUGAAUGCCGACCUGUGAUGUGUCCUUCACCUCCCAUUUCUGAAUUUGGAGCUCUUUCUUACCGUAGACUUAAGCCUGGAAACAUAUCUUUCUUUCAAGAUGAGAUCAAGUUUGAAUGUUUAUUGCCUUUGGCGUUAAUUGGGCCUGAAAAGGCUAGGUGUCUGGCUACUGGAAUCUGGAGUAAGAUACCAGAGUGCAGAAAAGUUGAAUGUCCAUAUCCACCAGAAAUAGAAAAUGGAUUCCUAAACUUUGCUCUUCGCAGAACUUAUCAGUAUAAAGACAGUGUGAGCUACGGCUGCAAUCCUACUUACGUGCUGGAUGGACCUUCAGAGUCUACGUGUGAAGAAACAGGAAACUGGUCAUUGAUACCAACUUGCAAAGCACCAUGUAAAAUGCCAGUUCAACGAGCUACAGUGUUAUAUAAUCAGCAGAGGGUAAAAGUGCAAGACCACCUCAAAGGAGGAAUACAGCAUGCCGAGACCAUCUGGUUCUUCUGCAAAAAUAAAGACCAGCACUGCAGCUAUACGGUACCCUCUCAGUGCAUAGAUGGCAGUCUCACAGCCCCUGCCUGUUUUAAAGAACGUGGGUGGCUAGCAAGUUUAAUAAAGACAGAUGUCGCAGACAUGACACCGUGCGAGAACUGAAAAGGAAAGAUUCAUGACCUUUGAAGACUGCGACGGAGAAUCAGAAGUCCCACCUAGACCACACUCACCUCCAAAGGAAGCAUAACGCUGCCACCAUAUUUCUAAUCUUUCUCGACUGUAGUCAGUUAGACUUGUUUUUAUGCUGUCUUUUGCUCAUUUCUUCUCUUCUUACUUUUUAAGAUACAUACGGUCAAUUUGCUUACAACAGGUUAAAGUCAUGAAAGGAUAAACAUAUUGUUGAUACAACUUUAUCGGAGAUAAAUGUAGCACUGCAGUAUGUUUUUAGUAUGACCAGAAUCUUAACCAUUUCAACUGGUGUUUGAUUUGAACAGAACACUUUCAGCUAUAUAAUAUUUGUUUUGAGAAUGUAAUUUGCAGUAGUAUUCAACUUCCUGAAUCUUUAACAAUAAACUUGCUAAACCUAAUAGAAAAUGAAACAUUUUCAGCUGCCCAUUUCAUCAUACAGAUAGGGUUGAAUCCCAUGGGAGAUUUCUGAGUGCACAACAGACUUGGAACAAUCAGCAGUGCUGAAAUUAUUCCUUGCUAUCUGCUUGUACUAAGUGUAGGUGAUUACAUCCUCGUCAUCUGCUGUAUGCGUGCAAAACAUAGCACAAAAUACUUCUUCAGGUAUAUUUUCAAAAACAUAACAGCAUUUGUAUUUGCAGUACAUUUCAUUGCAUCAUCAUCUGCACGUUAUUUCAUUAAAGUUAUGUUGAAGUGAUGCGUAUGGAUGGAUACCUUGUGCUAUUGCUUUCUGCUCACACAGUACUGGUUCCAAUCCGUAAUUUUUUGCCUUUAAAGUAUAUAAAGUAGUUGAACACUUCAAAUUGUAAGAAAAUGUUCUAUCUUAACUUAAACAUAACAGCAGUUUAGAGGGCAGGAAUAAAUUUGACUAUAAUAAAUCA